AUGUCUGAAUGCGACACGUCACCCUCUUGGCUACCAAUGAAGGCGCCAUUCGGUGUCCCAUCACUGUGUUGUACACCGUCGAUCCCUCAGGUGCCGUGGUCCCUCGAAGGGGACCCUGUGUUCUCCGUCCAUGACCGUGAUGUCCACACCACGUUCCCACCUUGGCUGCACCUUCUUGACGUCAUGCAGAGGACCACCAUGCCCUCACCGGCGAAGGACGAUACCAUGGCCGACGAGGAAAUGGAUCAAGCAGCUAUGAUGAAAUUCAUCUAUCAGAAAAUUAGCCUCAUGGAUGGGCUGAACUCCAGAGUCGCUGGCCUGGAAACCAGCGUGUCUGGUCUCGACAACAGGCUCAAGGUGAUGGAGGAACGGAUCAGCAGCAGCGCCGCAGCGGGAUUCUCCGGACGACAUGAGACUGGCAACGACAGCGCAGCGUUUCAUGAAGACAAGGUUUUGGCGAGGGUUCCCAAGAAGCUGGUGGAUGAGGAGUCUGCCAAGGAUUCGCGAGGGCACGGCACUGCAGCGCAGUUUAACGGCAUGUUGUGA